AUGGCCGAGAGUGAUUGUACUCUUGAGGUAGGCUUUGAGGCAGAGCAUUUCGCGAAUGCCUUAGAUGACUGUCUCGGUGGUCCGGGGUCAAAUCAGCAGAAGAAAGAGCGGGUGCUGGAGCUUGUUCAAAGGUUCUACAACCAUGCAGCAGAACGUCUUGACCAACUACGGCAUCGUGGGUCCGGAAACCUCACUGAUAACGAGAUGGAUAUGGAUGAUGCAGAAGACGAGAGUGAUCCUGCAGCAAUCAUCUCGCAACUUCGCAAGUGGGAAUCAGAGCUUCAGACUUGGGAUCUGCUACAACGACUUGCUACGCUCAGAUACCCUCAGACCAAGUCGGCGGCAGCCACUGGAGGCCUUGAUGCGGAGCUCCAUUCUCGAAAGGAUGAUCUGUGGGGCUCAUUCGUUGCGCAGGCACGAUCGAACAGCAGAGAGAAAAACGAGACCUGGCGUGCUGUAUCCCUGUCAGCCCUUCCUUUAGCAGGCACAGGUGAUGCAGUUAUUCAAAAGGAAGAUGCCGUUUCUAUCGCUCUUUGGAGACGCAUGUGCUUUGCUUCCGCAAGGCAUGCAGGCACUGACGAGGUCGAAUCCGCCGUCUAUGGUGUUUUGGCUGGCGACAUUCAGAGCGUAGAGAAAGUCUGCAAGUCGUGGGAUGACUUCAUGUUCAUGCACUACAAUGCACUUCUACGCAGCCAGUUCGACAAUUAUGUCCUUAAGCAAUGUCAACCGGAAAUGUCUGCCAACAUCGACCAACAGUUCGCCGUUUUCGAUGCUGUCCAGUAUCAUGGUGAAGAGUCUACAGCCGAGAAGCGACUUAUCAGAUCGCUAAAGGUCCACAAGCUUACGCGCGGCGAAGCUUCGAUGCCACUCAAGGUGCUACAGGCGGCUCUGAUCACAAGAGAAACUAGUCAACACUUUCUCCAACAAGGCAUGGUAUUGGCGAGGGAACGGGGGGAGGUUGAUACUGAACCUACCAAUACCGAGGCUGAUACAAAUGGGUUCGUGAAUGGGCGCGAUUAUGAUACCCUCCGUGUGGCCGUUCACGUUCUUAUUGUACUUUCCACCCUCGACGAGCUUGACGUUUCAACCUCACUAUCACCAACGCUCGAGCGUGAACCGCAGACACGUGCCAUACAAGAAACCGUCAUCAGCUCCUAUGUUACUUUGCUUCGACUCGCACAAUACGAAGAGCUGAUACCCUUGUAUUGUUCAAAACUGUCGAUACCCCGGGCUUACGAGGUCCUCAGCGUCAAUCUCCGACAUCUCACAGAACGCGACGCGCGGCUAAACCAGCUUGAGCUUGUUCAGAAAUCAGGUCUUGACGUACUUCGAUUCGUUAGGAUGCAACCACGGCUCAUACUGAGCCAGCUAGGCAACGUUGAACAAGAAAUUGGCAGCAGGAGAGAGCCCUUCCGAAUCAUCGAAGCUGGCCCUGGCUCUCUUAAAUACGGCCGCCUCAUCAAGAUAGAUUUCUUUGGUGAAGACCCCGAUGCGAUCUCGGAAGAAGAAGAGCUAUUGAUCCGUUCACUGGAAUGGCUUCUCCUUGGGGAUGAGGCUUGGCCUGAUGUUUUUCUCGUCGGCGUUCAGGUUUACAAAGUACCUCUUAGGCACCAUGCGCCUGAAUGCUGCCCCGACAACUUGCAAAUAGGGUCACUAUGAGUCAAGUCUUGCAACAAAGGAUCAGUCCUGGCGGACAGGAAGAGGCGGACAUCGCACAGGUCCCGGAUAUCGAUGACGCCUUCUGGGCCGACCAGCUCGAAGCAAUUGGCGACAGGCAAACUUCGUCAAGGCUGCUAGCCACCCAGGCUAGGA